AGAGAGACAAAGAAGAAACAGAGAGAGUAGUUAAUUCCGGUGGUUUUCAGCUCAUCUACUUCUACCCACCUUCGUCCCUUCCGCCCAAAUUCAAUUCCCAUCUUCCUCUCUCUCCAUAAAAACCCUAGCUUUACUCAUCUCCUUCCCAAAAUUCUCAACCUUUCUUUCUCAUGGAGAUCUGUACUUACUUCAAAUCCCAACCCAUGCUCCUCGUUCUCUUCGUUCUCGGGUCAAUCUCCAUUUUCAAAUUCAUCUUCACCCUCCUCAGAUCUUUCUACAUCUACUUCCUCAGACCCGGCAAGAAUCUACGCCGUUACGGUUCAUGGGUACUCAUCACCGGACCAACCGACGGAAUCGGUAAAGCUUUCGCCUUUCAGUUAGCCCAGAAAGGUUUUAACCUCAUACUCGUCGCUCGUAACCCCGAGAAGCUCAAAGAUGUCUCUGAAUCGAUCAGAUCCAAGUAUGGUAAGACUCAGAUCUUGACCGUUGUGAUGGAUUUCUCUGGAGAUAUUGAUGAAGGUGUGAAACGGAUCAAGGAGACCAUUGAGGGUUUAGAUGUUGGGAUUUUGAUUAACAACGCUGGGAUGUCGUAUCCUUAUGCUAAGUACUUUCAUGAGGUUGAUGAUGAGUUGGUUAAUAACUUGAUCAAGAUCAAUGUUGAAGGAACUACUAAAGUUACUCAGGCUGUGUUGCCUAAUAUGCUAGCCAGGAAGAAAGGUGCUAUUAUCAAUAUGGGUUCUGGUGCUGCUGCUCUGAUUCCUUCGUAUCCUUUCUACUCUGUUUAUGCUGGCGCUAAAACGUAUGUGGAUCAAUUCACAAAGUGUCUACAUGUUGAGUACAAGAAGAGUGGGAUUGAUGUUCAAUGCCAGGUUCCCUUGUAUGUUGCGACAAAGAUGACAAAAAUAAGAAGAGCAUUCUUAGUUGCAUCACCAGAGGGUUACGCAAAGGCAGCACUGCGUUUUGUAGGCUAUGAAGCACAAUGCACGCCAUACUGGCCUCACGCUCUCAUGGGUGCAGUUGUCUCUGCAUUGCCCGAAAGCGUUUUUGAAUCGUUUAACAUUAAGAGGUGCCUCCAGAUCCGGAAGAAGGGGCUCCAAAAAGACUCCAUGAAAAAAGAAUGAAACUCUGAUUACUUACAAAAGUUUCUUAAUUCCUCUCUCAAGUUGUUGGUUUCUUGAAAGCUUCUGUUCCAGAAUCUUUGUAUACCCUCUGUUUAUUUAUUGAUUUAAGCAAUAAAUUGAAUAAGUUUUGAGAUCA